AUGGCGUGUAAGAUCAUAUAUGGCAUCUCUCUUUUGCUCCUUUCCUUCAUUAACAUCUCGCUUGGAGAAGGAGAAAUCGGGAUAUAUUGGGGCCAAAAUGGAAACGAGGGCAGUCUGGGCGACACUUGCGCGUCCAACAAUUACAAAAUCGUAAACAUUGCUUUCUUAACAACGUUUGGCAAUGGCCGGAUUCCGGUUCUCGACCUCGCCGGGCACUGCGAUCCAGCUAAUGAUCAGUGUACUGGCCUCAGCGCUGAUAUCAGUGCCUGUAAAGGCCUGGGAAUCAAAGUAAUGCUUUCCAUUGGAGGUGGUUCAUCAGGAAGCUAUUCCCUUUCCUCUGCUGAUGAUGCCAAGAAAGUGGCACAAUAUCUAUGGGACAACUAUCUUGGAGGGCAAUCAAAGUCAAGGCCACUAGGAGAUGAAAGGCUAGAUGGAAUCGACUUUGUUAUGUCUAGCGGCAGCGGCCAAUUCUACGAUGAACUGGCCAAGACAUUAUCGGCAUUUGGCAAAGGGGGACAAAAAGUCUACUUGUCAGCAGCUCCUCAAUGUCCUUUCCCUGACCAAACGCUGCAAGCGGCCAUAAACACCGGCCUUUUCGACUACGUCUGGGUGCAGUUCUACAACAAUCCUCCCUGUCACUACUCCGGCGACGCCACCAAUCUCUUGAACUCUUGGAACAAUGACUGGUCAAACAUUCCUGUCGGGAAACUGUUUCUGGGAUUGCCUGCAUCCGAGGAAGCAGCCGCAUCCGGUUUUGUUCCGGCUGAUGUGCUUACUUCUCAGAUUCUCCCGGCUAUCAGUGGCUCACCCAAAUACGGAGGCGUGAUGCUGUGGUCUAAAUUCUAUGAUAAUGGCUACAGCUCAAGCAUAUGCGGUUUGACAAAAUCUGUAAUUUAUAUUUGCUGUUCCACCACAAAUGAUACCUGUACCUCCUUUUGUGAGAACACUGUACUAGGUUCAUUUUGUACCUACUUGUGAUGUAAUGCAUUCAUACAAUCAUGGCUUCUUCCCUGUUGUUGUGGACUUGUGUCUGUUAAAUCUGGGCCUUUGUUGGGCUUAAUUGAUUCUGGAGAAAGCCUAAAACCAAGAUGGUCCAUGAGACAGUAUGAUUGCAAUCCUGGAAGUUAAUUUCAUCAGCAGACAAAA